GUACACUGGUACACACUACCUUCACCGACGUAUUAGGACUCAUCUCUUACCUGUUCCUGUUUAAUGUCUCUAUUGUCUUCGUGUCCCCGUCUCUGAGAGUCCGUGAAUUUUGUAUUAAAAUUGCUGCCCCAGUGUUUUGUGUGAAUGAAUCAAUAAAGAUUGCCUUUAAGCCCCGUCUUUUGAGACAAUGAAAUACGUAGUUUUUAGAUUUUGAGGGUUUGAUUUCUAUCACGUAUUUAAUAUAGUAUUCUAGCUUUCCAAAUAUGUCUGGUUGAAAUUGAACCCUUAAUAACGACAUGUUGGGGUACUCUCAUUGUCAUGAAUAACUGUGAAUCGAAAAGAAUCAUAAAUUAAGCAGACUGCACAGACGCACUGCAGUUUUGAAAUUAUGGAUCCAUCAAUAUUUCUACCAUACGCACCGCCUAACGGGCUUCCACAAGAAUCGAAGCUAGUUACAUACAUGAGUCGCUCAACUUCGACGCCCACACGCUCUCUUAACCAUGCUAUAGGGAAGCUCACUUUGGAUUCCUCACCACCAGGUGUUAAGAAGGUAUUGGUGAGCGAAUUUAUUCCGAUGAACUACUAUGUUCCGCCACCGAAUAUGCUUCCCCCAGAAUCACCUGAGGGUCCACCACCACCUCCUAUACCAAUGGCGAAUGCUUCAACUGUCCAUCAGGAGAACGUGGGAGGAACUACCUAUUUCUACUCGACCAAUUCAGACAGCCUCAAUACCACUAGCGGUCUUAAUUCAUCGGCUUCCAUGGAAGAACCGUGCAUGGACUACUCUCUGCUGAGCACCGCAAGACCAUAUCCAUUGGUAUACCCAUAUUUCCACCAACCAGGUCCGUCUGAGCCAUGUCUAAACGCAGUAGGGCCGCCGAUGGUGUCUCCGUAUGCUUCGCAGAUGUACGCUGGGGCCUUACCGCAGCCAGGGCCGUCCACCAACAAACAAGGUCUAGCGGCGACUUUUUACAAUCCCGAAACAAUACGGUCUGAGAUCUACGACAGGAAUGAUGAUGUUUAUUUGCAGCCUGAUCUCAAUCAGUUUCCAGAUAUACCGGACAGCGUGGACAUGUACGCCGAGCUGGUACCCCUGGAGGGUGCCGUGACGCAUUCGAUGUCGACAUCGUACCGCGCUACUAACCGUCAGAACGGUGAUUAUGUGGCUCUAAGGAGGCUCCAUUCUUACACGUCGCCGGCCUCCAAGCGUCUUGAAAUGUGGAAGCAGAUCGACCACCCGAACAUUGUGCGUCUGGAAGAAUAUUUCAGCACCAAGGCUUUUAACGAUAUAUCACUGGUCCUGGUGUACCAGUAUCAUCCAGCCGCUGUGACUCUGAUGAACAAGUAUUUGUCCGGAAACGGAAACAACUCCGCCGAGGGUGGAGCUGCUUAUCAUGAUCCGUUCUCUUCGGACCCGGAUGCACCGCGUCCGUAUACCCAUCAGAAAAAUGCCAUGCUCCGUGCGGUCGCAUGCGGUGCUUUGCUUCCGGAAGCUGUGUUGUGGAGUCUGCUCGUGCAACUGACGGCCGGCUUGCGCGCCAUACAUACAGCCGGACUCGCCUGCAGGAGCCUGGAGCCGACCAAGGUGAUCAUGAACGGAUGUCGAGUCCGAAUUGCAUGGUGCGGUGCUGCUGAUGCUCUACACAGCAACACCAAUGAUGUAGUACAGGCUCAGCAAGACGAUCUGACCGCUUUGGGCCGGCUGGCACUGGCUCUAGCCUGUCGCACCAUACAUUGCGACAACCUCGCAGCGUCCAUGGAACUCGUCGCUAGGACCUACUCUGCGGAUCUGAAGAACCUAAUUCUGUAUCUGCUGUCAUCCUCGCCUGCGCGUCGUUCCGUUAUCGACCUUAUGCCUAUGAUCGGAGCUAGGUUCUAUACUCAGGUGGAGGCACUGGAGAGACGCGCUGAUGCGUUUGAAGAUCAGCUGUCCCAGGAGAUAGAUAACGGUCGUCUCCUCCGCAUAUUAAUCAAGCUUGGCAUUGUCAACGAGCGUCCAGAAUUGAAUCUGGAUCCUGCUUGGUCGGAGACCGGAGAUCGCUACAUGCUGAAGCUGUUCCGUGAUUAUCUGUUCCAUUCAGUGACGACUGACGGCCGUCCUUGGCUGGACCAAGCGCACCUAACGCACUGCCUGAACCAGCUCGACGGAGGAACUGCUGCGAAGGUGGAGCUGAUGUCUCGCGACGAGCAAAGCGUCCUGGUCGUGUCCUACGCUGAGCUGAAGCACUGCCUCGACCAAGCCUUCGAGGAGGUGAUGCAAGCCUCCGAGCCCGAUUCCUAGCUAGCACUGAACGCUGGGCCUAUGUCUGUG